AUGCCCACUCUGCUCGCCGCGCGCCGAGUCCACUUCGACUCGACGCAGAACCUCAUCCACCCGCUCUCGCCCACCUCAUCCCUCUCCUCCCUUGACACCGAUGGCCCGGAGACGCCCCCGUCCCCGCAACCCGCCUUCCUCCCGCCCGUCUCACCGCACUACCUUUCCCACCUCCGCCCGAAGACCUUCCGCAAGCCGCCCCCGAGUCCCUUGUAUACUUUCUCGCCGGGCUCCAAUUCGUCCAACUCAUCCUAUGGUGACCCCGUGCCCGUGCCCGUCCAGCCACCCAUGGCCGUGCACCCGCUGCUUGCCGCGCCGGACGCGCACCGGCCGUUCCUCGAGAUCCUCGACUACGACCUCUCGUUCCCGUUCGACCCCACGUCGCUCUCGGUGCUCACAAGGUCUGGACGCCUACCCCUGCCACACGACGUCCUCAUCAAGCCCGCGACCUCGCCUUCCGUCACGCACCUCACGAUUUCGCUGCGCAAUUUCCGCUGCCCGUCGACGUGGACCGUCCACGUCACGCCGAGCACCGCAACGGCUGCCCCCGGCGGCGGCGAGUACGGCCGCGCGCCGGAGCUCGUGCCGUUCGUCACCGUCGCGGACGUCCUCGCGCACCUGUACACGCACCUCCGCACGCCCGUGAGCAAGCUCGAGUACGACAUGCUCGAGGACGGGAUGAAGCGGCGCGUCGGCGAGAGCUUCCAUCGCCGGUACACCCGCUACGCGCCCCAGCCCGAGCGCGCGAGGCGCGGAAGCGUCAGUGGACGUGCGCCGAGCCGCACCACCAGGGACGGCGCGCGGCAGCGCAGUGCCAGUCUCAGCGCAGUUGAUCCGCGUUACGAAGAAGAGAGGCGCAAGGGUGUCAAGCGCGUCGAUUGGCUCCAGGGCCGCACCAUGUUCGGUGGACUGAAGUGGGAACGGGGUGACACCUGGAUCUUGUGCCCCCGGUAAUUAACGCAACUCCAAUGCGUUUGUAUCAUAUACCCGUCGAGAUGCAAAGGAAAAGCAGUAAACCAAGCAAGUAUUAUUAUCAACCCAAGCAAGAACACGGCCCUAUCCUACCGCACCCUCGUAAUCCGUCUUCAAUGUGCACAGUCCCUCCGCCCAGCAUAACACAAAAGCAUCGAAUUCCAGCAUCACAGCAAGUAAUUGUACUACCCCUACAUCAGCAUAACAGCAACCCUUAUAUGUCUUAUCAUUAUCCGCUAUCGACCUCGCACGGCAUACGCUCCCCCCAGAUCAUUCGCCGCCUCUUCGUGGUCUGCGUGCAUCGGGGCGUUGUAAAUUAUCCUUCCGUUAUUCUGGUCCGUUUAUUCAUAUGCAUUAUUAUUGCCUAGAUAGUUCGUGGACUAUUCCCUAUUCUAUGGUUGUUCUUUCGGUUCUUUCGGCUUGUACGAUAGAGUUGGUACCGAGAUGGACGGUUUACGAUGACUUCAGAGUAUGAUUACGACUACGAUCACGAUUACGAAUUUCACUUCAGGAUUCUAGUGGUAUAUACGAAUGUGAUGAUCACAAUGUACGACCUGGGAUGAUUAGAAUAAUUAUCC